AUACAUUGAGGGAGAAAGGCAGCGGGAGACGGCCGCCGAGAUUCCCCCAUCUCUUUGAAUAUAAUUUCAGAUUGAGAUUCAGAUUAAAUCCGAGGGGAAAACACUUUAUGAGGCUGAAAGCUGUGUCGUUGCCAGAGCCAGGGUUAUGAGCUAUCAAAUGCAAUUACAUUAAGACAGAUUAUACUGGGCAAAUUGAGCCAUUUAGAAGGUGAGAAUCAAAGAAACGGCUCUGAUCCUCUCUUCCCCCUUCUCUCUCCCUCUCCCUCUCUCUCUUUCUCUCUAAAUUGCAGUUCGUAGUUCCUUGCAAUUCUGAGGCACAAAAGUAGGUGAGACUGCUUUUGUAUCUGCGAAGUGCUUCACUCCUGAAUGUAAUUCUAGCUGAGUGCAAUCUAGGUUAAGAGCCGGACAAGCGGGUAAUUAGAGCCCGCUUGCUGCCGGAGGACCGGCUGCCCAGCCGAAGCGCGCCCGGAGUCGGCGCCCUUUUCCCGGCCGAGCCGAGCAGCGGCUGGACACGGAGCGCCCGAGAUGAUGGUGCUGGACAAGGAGGACGGUGUGCCGAUGCUCUCCGUCCAACCUAAGGGGAAACAGAAGGGCUGCGCAGGCUGCAACCGCAAGAUCAAGGACCGGUACCUGCUGAAGGCACUGGACAAGUACUGGCAUGAGGACUGCCUCAAGUGUGCCUGCUGUGACUGUCGCCUGGGCGAGGUGGGCUCCACUCUCUACACCAAGGCCAACCUCAUCCUGUGCCGGCGUGACUACCUGAGGCUUUUUGGCACCACAGGAAACUGUGCUGCCUGCAGCAAGCUGAUCCCAGCUUUUGAGAUGGUGAUGCGGGCCCGAGACAAUGUGUAUCACCUUGACUGCUUCGCCUGCCAGCUCUGCAAUCAGAGAUUUUGCGUGGGAGACAAAUUCUUCCUGAAGAACAACAUGAUCUUGUGCCAGGUGGACUAUGAGGAGGGGCAUCUCAAUGGCACCUUUGAAUCCCAGGUUCAGUAACGCCCACCAUCUGGCCUCCAGGUCCAUCUGUCCGUCUGCCCACCUGUCCACCUGCCUGGCAGGCCGGCCAGCCACUCUGCCUGCGCGGGCUGGCCAGCCGCUGUCCUACAAGUUAGAACUUCAUCCUCGAUGGGAAGGUGGCUGUUCUCCACCACCACUGCCCAUCUCUGUGGGACCCCUCCUGGGGCCAGGCUCAGCCUGUACAGUCUGUCUUCUGUAUAUAAAUGGGAACAUUUAUUUUAUGAGAAAUGUAAUGCGAUUUUAUUACUGGCGUGGAUUAAACUUAUGAAUGUUUCCGGGGA